AUGAUUUCGAUACACACUAUUUCGUUCCGAUGCCCAGCCUUGUUUGGCUACAACUACGGCGAGCGAUUGUGGGUUAUGGAUCCUCGCAUGAUCCGCUCACCUGCAGAAUAUUAUGAUGAUGCGCUGCAAACGAGCUCAAUAACCUAUGAUGCCACUGUUCUCCAGGGUCAUCAGAAUUACGUGUCUGCAGUUGCGGCCCAUGCUCCCACUGACGGCAUUCCCCUCAUUUACACAGGCUCCAAUGAUAACUCAAUUCGCGCCUAUUCCCUCGGUCAUUCUCAGCCGGACUUUACUCUAAUCGGACACACGGAUACUGUCUGCGCCCUCACUGUGGACCCUAACGGAAUCUUGGUUAGUGGUUCCUGGGACAAGUCUGUGAAAGUUUGGAGGGAUCGCAAUUGUGUAGGAACAAUUCAGGGUCAUCAGGCCGCUGUUUGGACUGUUCUGUUAAUGCCGUAUUCCUGCAUCCCGGAUGCCUCCGAGACUGAUAUUGUCAUUCUAGCGGGUUCGGCGGACCAUUGUAUCUAUGUAUGGCUUCUCCGCGACGUACACCAUAAGCAAAGUAGCGAACAGAAAUCGCUCUCUGCAUCAUUGGUCAGCACACUCAAAGGACACAGUGAUUGUGUCCGUUGUAUUGCUCGUGUAGACUCACACAGAGUGCUGUCCUCCAGCAACGAUGCCAGCAUUCUCGCAUGGGACAUUUCCACUGGACAAUGCAUUGGGGAGUUCUACGGGCACGCACACUACGUGUAUGCUGUUGCCACGCGUCCCAGUUUGCCCAUCUUCGUCUCAUCUGGCGAAGACCGAAGCGUCCGGGUCUGGCCCAUGCCUGCAUCUGAGGAAUGGAUCCCUAGAAGACAGUUCUCUUCCUUACAGUCGAUUCCGCUGCCAUGCCAGUCCGCCUGGUGCGUGGACCUCACAGUGCUGGGAGAUAUUGUUGUAGGCGGAAGCGACAGUGUGAUUCGCCUUUUUUCCUCCGAUCCGGUCCGACAGGCCCCACCGGAUGCCAUUCAGACGUACGAGGCGGAGUUGGCCAGCUCGAAGAUUGCUGCGACAGAUGCUUGUGGGACGGGUGACUUGGAUGUGUCUAAACUUCCAGGCCCGGAGGCUCUAUUGCAACCAGGUAAAAAGGAGGGACAGGUUUUGGUCAUUCGCGAUAGCGACCGUUCCGUGUGCUACCAGUGGUCUGCCAAUGAAUUCAGGUGGAUUGAACUGGGUGACGUGGUCGGUGCAGGUAAUUCUAAGCUACCUGUUCAUAAUGGGAAGGAAUAUGAUUUUGUCUUCUCUGUUGACGUGUCAGAUAAUGGACAAGCACUGAAACUUCCUUACAACCGUACGGAAGACCCAUGGCUUGUGGCACAGCGUUUUAUUCAUGAACAUGACUUACCGCAAGAUUAUCUAGACACCGUUGCGCAAUUUAUCAUAAAAAAUGCAGGCCCCCAAUUUAAUCCUGCCCCCGCUGCUUGCUCAGAUCCGUUCACUGGAGCUGAUCGGUACAUUCCCGGUGGCACCAACGGAUCAACGUUUGCCGUUGGCAAGUUGGCGUUCGAAGAUUAUUUUCCCUCGAAGGAGUUCAUCUGUCUAAAGACUAUUGCACUGGAUCCAUUGCUAUCAAAAUUGGAGCUAUUCAACAAGCAGGAGAACGAGGCCUCCAUUGAAGUGGAGCACAUGAAUCUGAUUCGUUCAUUUUCUUUUGAUAUGCCGGAGGAGGACGCUGUCCGACUGACGGAAGCAGCACUUACCGCUUUGUCCAGAUGGCCUUUGGUUUACGCGCUGACAAUGAGCGUGAAACUACCAAAUACCCGGCUGGAUGAGGAGCGUUUUCCUAUUUCUUUAUCUGCUGUUCAGUCGGAUCUUUUGCGAACAUACUUCGAUUGUCAAAUUCGUGGUCUCAUUCAGAGCUGUAAAUGGCUUGGUGAUUUGAUGUGUGCAAUUUCUGGAAUAGAAAAUGGAGCCGCAUUUAACUUUACUUCCGGCGACAAUUUGGCACAACUUCCACUACUUAGCAUUCCUACGGAACACCUUUCCACUUUUUUGUUCGCCCGCAGCCUUUACGAUGCUCGUGAGUACGAUUAUUGUGCUCAAGUUCUCUUGCCUUGUCUCGAACCUCCUGUCUGUUCGGUCGCUGGUGAGAAAAACGCAGACACACGACACCCGAUUCUCUAUUUUAUGUACAUUUACGCUCGCUACAUGGCCUGUGAGAAGCGCCGUGCGAACGACGAGGUCGAGUUACGCCGUAUAUGUGAGCAAGAUGGAAACGGGAAGCCGGCUCAAGCUGCGCGCGCCAAGUGUGCAAGGGAACUAUCUGCAUUACGAUGUGAAAUUGAGACUAUAGUAAAUCCGGAAAAUCUGAAUUCCCCGGAUCCGAAUUUUUUGAAGGCCGUUGAUCCAUUCGUGAUCUAUUUGUUUGCUUUAAUAUAUCGUCGAUUAACCAUGGAAGCUACUGCUGUCGCCCUACUUGUGCGUGCUAUAAAUAUUAAUCCAUGCAUGUGGCCAGCCUGGUACGAAUUGUCUCAACUGAUCAAAGAUAGGGAACACUUGAACGGACUAAAACUACCUUCCCAAAGUGCAUGGAUGUAUUAUUUUUUCGAGGCCAAGGUUCUCCUCAAAUUGAACGAGAGUGAACGCGCACUGAGUAUCCUCCACCGUCUUUCAAACAGUGGCUUCAGCAAAAGUGACAACUUGCAAGCUGAAAUCGCGUUGGCCUACGAUGGCUUGCGUGAUAUCGAGUUGGCUGCGAAGCAAUUUCAUCAGCUAUUUGAGUCAUCUCCGUGUCGUCUGGACAACGUGGAUACUUAUUCCAACGUCCUCUUUGUGAAAGAAGAUUCCGUGGAAUUGGCUCAUCUGGCUCACCAUUGCGUUGACUUGGACAAAUAUCGUCCGGAGACGUGUUGCGUUGUGGGGAAUUUCUUCGGCCUACGCGGACUACACGAUAAGGCCGUGUUGUACUUCCGUCGCGCCUUGAAGUUGAAGCCUUCUUAUUCCCUUGUAUGGACUCUGGUAGGUCACGAGUACACUGAAUUGCGGAACACCAACGCGGCUGUGCACGCAUACAGGCAAGCAAUUGCUCACAAUAGACACGAUUUUCGUGCUUGGUAUGGUCUGGGACAGAUGUACGAAAUUCUGGACCUGCCUUCAUUCGCUCUGUACUACUACAGAGAAGCCCAGUACUUGGCCCCAACAGACUCCCGUUUGAUCGUAGCCUUGGGAGAGAUCUACGAACGCCUUAAUCGAUUAGACGAGGCCAAAAGGUGCUACUGGCGAGCACACUGUGUGGGUGACAUUGAAGGGAGCGCUCUGGUUCGUCUGGCCCAAUGCUUUAUCCAAUGUGGCGAAGCUGCAGAAGCUGCGGCUGCAUACACGGUGUUUAUCAAAAUGUGUCACUUCAAUGGAGUACAAAGUCAAAGUGAUUUGGCCCAGGCCUACAAAUAUCUAGCAACUUAUCACUUGCAAAUGGGCCAUUACGAAGAUUCGGCGGCUGCGGCGUGCAAAUGUUCUGAGUUUCCUGAAACCCGCGAAGAGGCCAAGGCCAUGUUCCGCCAAAUCACGGCAUUUGCGGGUGACGUGGAGUUGAUCACGACUGAUCAAAGUAGUGACGACCCUCCCUCCUGUGAUAAUGCAACUGACGAACUCGCGGCAGAGGAUGUUGGCGCCAUCGGUACAGAUCUGGCCACUAACCGUGUAGAUGACCACAACACCACUUGCCUCGAGGAGGUUGCGCGAAUACGCUCAUCAAAUAAUGUACAGUCCGCAUCUGAAUUACUCAGUGGAGUUGAUCACGGUGACACUUUCGACAUAGCUCCCCCGAGUCACGAUGAGUCUAUUGGUCUUUCACUGGGUAAUCUGCUGGCAGUUGUUGGUCUCAACUCUUCUCGGGAGAACCGAGUUCAUUCCACUGAAGUCGCGUCUGCCCUGUCAACAGCUUCUUCCUCAACUGCUCUCUCACCUUGGCGAGACGUAGAGCUCCCCAAUGACUCCGAACCGCACCCGAUCCAGCGUGAAGUGCAUUCCCUUUAA